AUGGCCAAGGCGGAGCGAGGCUUCGUAGCCACGUCCAGCGUGGAGGGAGCCUGGGUGGGGACCUGGAGGCCCCACCGCCCACACGGCCCCAUCAUGGCCCAGUUCACCAGCCCAGGACCCAAGUACUCCAUCCCUGGGACAACAGGUUACCUGGCUGACAACCCCACCAAGGCCAAAGCCCCUGCCUACACGUUUCAAAGGGCCAAACCUCCCGCCGCAGAGAGCUGCUCCCCGGGCCCUCGGUACUACGUCCAGCCCCGCGUCACCAGCAACGGCAAGGACGUGGCCCCAGCGCAGCACAUGGGCGGGCUGCCCAAGCUCAAGACCGCGGUCACCCCUGGGCCGACCAGUUCAACCAGCGCAGCCGCGGCGACGGCCGCCAAGAGCCGGCACCUGCCUUUGGCACCCAGCAGCCUCCUGCCUCUCUCCCAGACGCCGGGUCCCACUGCCUUCCCCAGGGUGGAGCUGGACAUCUACAAGAAACGGGCUCCCGCGUACACCAUGGGAACCAAAACCGGACUUGGAGGUGACCAAACGCCAAAGCCGGGGCCGGCAGACUACUGCCUGGGAAAGGUGACGCUGAUCAGGCCCCGGGCACCCGCUCCCACUGUCGGACUCUGA